AUGGCUAAAACAAAAAAUCCGAAAUUAAUUGCAAGUAUCAUUGCCGAAGGUGGUCCAAUGGAUAUGAUUUGUAUUCAAGCAAUGGCACAUAUCUAUGGCAAACCGAUUCGAAUAAAUAAUGUUAAUGGUCAAAGCCAUCCGAAUUUAAUUUUUCCACAAGGAAAAACUAUCGAUGAUAUUCAUAAUGAAAAUUGUAUUUCAAUUGAUUUUAUUCCUGGUGAUGGAGAAGAUACAUUCGGUCAUUUUGUUGCAUCAGGACAGACAAAUGAAAAUCAAAUUGAUCAAAACGAUAACAAUUGUUUGAUACAUGCUAUUACAAAAGCAGCAGAAACUAAUCAAGAUUCUAUUAAUAUAAAUAGUAUUCGAUUAAAGAUUGUUCAAACUAUUGAAAAGGAUAUUUACAUACGAAAUAUAGUUGAAAAUGGUUAUCAUCGUUAUUACAUAUCACAAAGUGUUUUUGGUGGAAAUGGUAACAAAAGCCAUCAUAAAAUUAUGAUGAGUAAUAUAGAGAAAAAAUUAAGUAAUUAUCAUAUAACAUUAUCACCAAAUCACAAUUUAGGUGAUCAGCCUACUCAUGUAUUAAAUGAUUUUGCAGAAAAAAUUGAUCUCUUGCAAAAUCUUAUUAAGAAAAAUAAUUUGCAAUAUAAAUUAAAUGAAACAUUGUCGGGUGCAGUUAAACCAUCAGCUAACUCUAUACCAGCACUUUAA